UACCUAAAAACUUUUCAAAGGUAUUAUGCUGGUCUAUCUUCUCGCCUUCCUUUAUAGGCAGUCAGAUUAUUAUUAUACAUGCAAUUGCUUAAAGUAAACAAGGCCCAGCAGCAAGGGCCGCCAUUGAAAGCUCUUCCCUUUUGAUUUUCGCACCGUUUAACCUCGACCUCGAUCUUUAUUUCUUCAACAUUUCAAUUUUCUUUUUCUUGCUCAUGCUCGGCAACAAUGACCACGCUUAGCCAAACUCCUUGUCGUGUUUUAAGAAUUUGGCUUGUCGUUUUCGUUGUCUCCUCCUUUGCUCUGCUUUGCUCCGCCAUAGAUACCAUUUCUCAAGGCCAGUCUAUACGUGACGGAGAGAGCUCCUCCGGGAACCUAGUGUCCGCCGGGGACAUAUUUGAACUGGGCUUUUUCAGCCCGGUGAAUUCCACGUCACGGUUCGUCGGAAUUUGGUACUGGAACGAUCCUGAGAUCACGGUGGUUUGGGUGGCGAACAGAGAAAAGGCUAUCCCAGAUAGGAAAGGAAUUCUCACACUCGAAAGCGAUGGCAGUUUGGUGAUUUAUGACGGUAGUAAUAAUUCAAUAUGGACGAGUAACAGUAACGUGUCUUCGGUUGUGUCGAAAAACAUAACAGCGAAACUUUCUGAUGAUGGGAAUCUUGCUCUUUCAAAUGGCGAAAGUAGUUCUUAUUGGGAGAGCUUCAAUGAUCCAACGGACACUAAUUUGCCUGGCAUGAAAGUUGAAGUGAGCGCUGCAAAAGGAGUAAACAGGGUCUUCACUUCAUGGAAAUCUAUUAAUGACCCUUCACCAGGGAACUUCACUAUGGGGGUUGACCCUCGUGGGUCGCCACAGAUUGUGAUAUGGGAGGGACCAAAUCGACGGUGGAGAAGUGGGCAUUGGAAUUGGCAGAUCUUCCUUGGUGUACCAAACAUGACAGCUAAUUUGUUAUAUGGGUUUAGGCUAGGCAAUGAAAAUGGUACGCAGUUCUUCACUUAUGUUACUUCAGAAAAAAACAAUAAGUUGAGGUUUCGGGUCGAGUGGAAUGGAUUCGAAAAGCAAUAUAUGUGGAGACAGGCCGAUAACAAGUGGGAUCUUUUGCAAUCGCAACCUGCUGAGACCAAUGACUGUGAGCAUUACAAUAAGUGUGGGGAAUUUGGUGUUUGUAGCUCAUGGGAAUCGGUCAAGUGCCGGUGUAUGGAGGGGUAUCAACCUACUAGUCGGGAAGAAUGGAACAAGGGAAAUUGGUCUAGUGGGUGUACGAGGAAAACACCAUUGAGGUGUCAGAAAAGCAUAAAUGGAACAGAGGGGGAUGGUGAAGAAGAUGAAUUUACUGCGCAGAGAUGGGUAAAGUUGCCAGACUUUGCUGAUUUGGUUCGGCUACUUCCCCCUUCCGCGGCGGGUUGUAAGGAUGAGUGUCUGACGAAUUGCUCUUGUAUAGCUUAUGCAUUUGUUGAUGGAAUUGGGUGUCUGGUAUGGACGGAAACCUUGUUGGAUGUCCAACAUUUUCAACGAGGUGGAGCUACGCUGAAUAUUCGUCUUGCUCAUUCCGAUCUAGGUGAAAGGAGCAAAAAAUCUACCACUUUGAUAAUUGUAUUGACUGUUCUGGGAGCAGCUCUCUUAGGCUUUAUAUGGCUAGUGUGGAGGUUCAGAUAUAAACUGAAAGUUUUGCCAACCUCUUCUACAAUGCCCUGGUCGAGGAGCAGUGAAAUACCACCAUCUUCUGAUGUGUUAAAGAGCAAAGAAUAUUCGACAGAACUUUCAGGAUCAAUUGACGUUCUGACAGAUUGCCCUCAAGGCAGCGGGCCAGAAUUACCAUUGUUCAGUUUCAAUUUUGUAGCAAUCUCAACAAACAACUUUUCUGAAGAAAACAAGCUCGGACAAGGGGGAUUUGGACAUGUCUACAAGGGUAAGCUUCCAGGGGGACAUGAAAUAGCUGUAAAGAGACUUUCAAGAAAAUCAGGACAAGGCGUGGAGGAGUUUAAGAACGAGAUUAUCCUUAUUGCGAAACUACAACACAGAAAUCUUGUUAGACUUUUGGGAUGCUGCAUUCAAGGAGAAGAAAAGAUGUUGCUCUAUGAAUACAUGCCUAACAAAAGCUUGGACUUCUUUCUUUUCAAUCCAGAGAAGCAAGCCCUACUCAAUUGGAAUACUCGCUUUAACAUAAUCGAAGGGAUUGCAAGGGGACUCCUUUAUCUACAUAGAGAUUCAAGACUUCGAAUAAUUCAUAGAGACUUAAAGGCUAGUAACAUUUUGCUGGAUGAAGAAAUGAUCCCCAAGAUUUCAGAUUUUGGCAUGGCAAGAAUAUUUGGAGGGAACCAAAAUGAAGCGAACACAAACCGAGUUGUUGGCACAUACGGUUAUAUGUCUCCUGAAUACGCAAUGGAGGGUCUCUUUUCGGUCAAGUCAGACGUAUAUAGUUUUGGGGUUUUGUUGUUAGAGAUUGUGAGUGGACGAAGGAAUGUUAGCUUUCGUAAUACCGAUUACUUGAGCCUUAUUGGAUAUGCAUGGCAUCUGUGGAAUGAAAGAAGACCAAUGGAAUUGCUUGAUCCCUCUAUUGCAGACACAUGUUCCCGGAAUAAUGAAGUGCUAAGAUGCAUACAAGUAGGAGUAUUAUGUGUGCAAGAUUCUCCUCUUCACAGACCGACCAUGUCAUCGGUGGUGUUAAUGUUGGAGAGUGAAAAUGCAAAUCUUCCAUUGCCAAGAGAACCAACCUAUACUUCAUUGAGGGGCUCUAACGAUACAGAUUUUUGCUCGGAUGGCCCUGAGUACGCAUCCUUAAACGAGUUGACUGUUACAAUGGUAGAUGGGAGGUAGUGAUUUAAAAAUAUUUCUUGAAAUAUAAAAUGUAGUUCAUAUGUAUAUGCCGUUUUUGUUAAGAAAACUUAUAUUAGUGUGAGGUUUUCAUUAGCUAUUCAUUAGGUCCUGUCUGUGUUUCAGAACUGAAGAAAAAAAAGGGGUUGGAGAUUGAGAUUGAAUUCUGAAACAGAUUCAUAUGUAUAGGGAACUGUUCUUUUCUUUUAAAUUUUGAUUGAUAAUUAUCUGUAUGUAGGAACAAGUUACAAAAUCAAACUUGUAUAUAAGAAAGUUUUCAGCAGGCUUGAGAAGCUGUGUUUGGAAUUAAUUUGGCUCCGUAUUUGAUC